UCUAUCUUUAAACUUCUACUUUUUAUCCUAUAUGUGUGUUCUUACAGAAAUGCCAGAUGUGUCACAAUGAAUUCUACAGGAUAUUCACUUGAACCCACAAAUUUUACAGAUGAGGGAUCUGUUCCAGGUUUCAAUAAACAAACCAAGUCUGUCUUGAAGAUGUCACUUGUCGUGCUGCUUUAUAUUGUAAAUAACUAUAUAAAUGGAAUGCUCAUUACUGCUUUUUUUAAACACCAUGUUUUCCACGGGAACUCUCGAUAUGUUUUGUUUAUCCACCUGGUCUUCAAUGAUGUACUGGAUAUCAGCGUUCUAUUGAUCUUGCAUAUUUGGGUUGAGACACUUCAUAUUAUGCCAGUGUCACUUUGCUAUUUAUUUCUGAUAAUUGCAGUCACUACAACUUACAACACUCCUCUGAAUUUGGCGCUGAUGGCUCUUGAACGCUACAUUGCCAUUUGUAAACCAUUACAUCAUCCAAAAAUCUGCACCUUGCGUAGAACAUACAUCAUCCUUGGCAUAAUGUGGCUGAUCAGUUUUAUUUCCCCUGCCUCAGACAUUAUUAUUGUCUUUAAUAUAGAGCCUUUGAGCUUUUUUAGCACAGAAAUCAUAUGUGAAACAAACAGUUUCAUCAGGGUCGAAGCUCAGGAACUUAAAAGAGACUUCCUGAUAAUUUCAUAUUUUGCACUUGCCUGGCUUACCAUGGCCUACACAUACAUUCAUAUUGCCAUUGCAGCACGAUCAGCCAGUCGUUCUGAAAAAUCUUCUGCUAGAAAGGCCUACAAUACAGUCCUGUUGCAUGCCAUACAGCUCACUCUGAGCACAAUCAUGUUCCUUGUUCCUUUGGUUGACAGUCUCUGGCUGUACUAUCAUAAACAAGAUCCACGAGAUGUCCAAUAUUAUACACAUAUACUAAUAAUUUUGUUUCCUCGCCUUUUAAGUCCAUUGAUUUAUGGAAUAAGGGAGGAAAACUUCAGAAAAUAUCUAAAAGGAUAUGUGAAGUGUUGUACUUUAGGACGAAAAGAGUCACCCAAUCAGACCAUUAAACAGAUAAAUGGAAGUGAGGACUGAACCAGGUACUGUAUAAAAACAUCAGAGGUUACUUGGAGGAGUAGAAGAAAUGAAAGAAGACCCUUUUAAAGUAUGACUGGACUUUAUUCACUUGACUACAGUAAUUGCAGUUUUAGAAGCCACAUGUACAAACUAAAGUAGGAAAUGUUUCUGAUUUAAAAUACUACUUUUGUCUGAAAGAGUGACGAUGCUGAACUCUUUUCCAGUCUUUUAAUUGUUCAAGACUUUGAAACUUCUGUAAUAAAAUAAGUUUGAAGACACAAUGGGUCAAUUGCACUGUGCUCUGAGUUGGGGAUGAUCCCAUACUGAUCUGGUCUUAGUACAAAUUUGUGGUAACAAGCCUAACUUUUGGGAUUAGUGCUGUUACAGUGUGCCUCAGAGCUGCAGACAAGCAGUGGAUCAAGGCCAAGGCAACCAGUUGCAGUGGGCUUCUUGGUGGCAGAGAAGGGGAUCAAAGUUGCAUGCUAACAGUCUAACACCUCAUAAGCAGAUUUAAUUGGUUUAGCACAGUGAUUAAUGUUACAAAAUGAAUUCCGCAUACAUAAGACAGACUGUUACAGACAAGCUGCAAAUA